CAACUUCCGCUUCGCGGCACACGGACGUGUGAAAAGGGUUCACUGACAGUGAUAGACUUCAGACAUCCUGAUGGACGAUCUGUGGUUGUGGUGCUGCCCGAGUGGAGUUUACUAGUGAUGAAAGGAGAAUGCUGCUAUCUGUGGACCCACAGUAUAACGCCUCAGAAAUUUGAUGUUGUACCAGUAUCAGAGGCUGGAGGGUCAGGCGUUAUGACCUCUGACUUUAGUAAUCUGACCCUGAGUCACUGAGAAACGAGGACACUGCUAACAUUUAGCAAAAUCCGUCAUAUACCUUGCAACUGUGCUGAUCCAUCUGUAUGUGAUAGCCAGUGGCCACCCUCUCCACCCACAGUUCCUGUUGCUGAAGGUAAUGCAUGCCGUUUGGAGGUACAGUAUGUUUAUCAGGUCUAUGAAGAAAUGUCUUCACACUUCAGCAGCAUGCAACACUUGUCGUGGCCCCAGGUUCGAGACUUCCUGCUGUUCCUGGCACCUGGUGCUUUUCUGGUGGAUGUUGGAUGUGGCAAUGGCCCAGAUGUGAUUUCAAUAGUGGGCUGUGACCACAGUGCUAAUCUGGUUCAGAUCUGUGUUGAGCGAGGUUGUGAGCCAUUUGUGUCGGAUGCAAUGUCUGUCCCAACAGUGCAGGGCAGCUAUGAUGCCUGCAUCUCCAUUGAUGUCAUUCACCAUUUCUCUACACAGGAACGAAAGACAGUCUGCUAUGAAAAGCUGGUCAGGUUAUUACUGAAAGUGGGAAGAAGCGCUCUUAUCUACGUUUGGGCCAUGGAACAGGAAUACAAUCAGAAAUUGAAAUAUCUAAAAGAAAACAAGCAGCAAACUAGCCUGAACAAAGAUCAGGAACAUAGAACUGAUGAAAAUAACCUCAACCAACAGGAGGAGAAUGUUGGAAAAAUGAGUUCAGACGUGACACGUUUAGCGGACAGUUCUGACAAUGCGACACAACCCAGAAUACACAUACAUGCUAACCACACAGCUUACCUUUCCCAAGAUCUUCUAGUGCCAUGGCACUUAAAAGGUAAUAAGAACAAGAACAUGGGAGAUGCAUGUGAAAGUACAGAAGGCCCAGUGGAAAUUGUUUCCUAG